UUCCACACCAUUGAUUUUAGAGGAGCGGGAGGGGGUUCCAGUUUGGUCAAUCUGUCGCACCCAAAUCAGCAGUUGCCGUGGUUACUAUUAGUUGGCAGCAGCUUCAGGUUAGUGGGAAAAGGUAACGCGUCGUGGUCGUGGUUACGACCACCAACGCCUGAUGAUCAUGUUUCUCUGUGUAUUUUCAUGCUUCCUCUCCACUCUUGCACUGAGGUCAGGGCGUGACGCAGGUCCAACCUCGACCCGGGUCUCCGCUCCAUCAGCAUCUCAGCUGCCGUGUGUGCAGUAGUUGUAUUUAAACAAGAACCAUGAAGGCCUGUGUUCAUGGAGUCCCCUGUCAUCCACUUCAGACCCCCUUUCCCAGUCUGAACAGCUCGCUCCGCCAAACCAUUUGAGGCGGGGUGAAAAGGGGUUGUUCAAAUGUGUCCCCGCAAAAAUCAAAGGUGGGGCACAGAGCAUAUAUCCAACACUGCCAAAAUGAUCCACAGAAUAACAUCAACGGCAACAUGAAUCACCAGAACCAAGACACUGGAGGUCUCACUCACUCAUUUCCUUAUUCUGACUGAAUUAGUUUUAGAAUUUCUUAUCAUUUUGCACGUCUCCCUUUGUUUUCCUCAUGGGUGUUUCAAGGGAAUUUAAGGGCUCUGGGCAAUAGGAACUUGGAGGGCCCAUAUCAAACCAAACAGUGCCAAGGUCUCUGCCUAUCCCAGUACUUGUAUUUGCUUUGUAAUCAGACUGAACUUUGUGUGCCGGCUUUGUUUACUGUUCAUUUUUGAGUGUUUGCGCUGCUUAAUGAACCCGUGUCAGACUUGGGUUUAGGAUUAACACGAAACUCACUGGUUCAGGAGAAUCUGAUAAAACAAGUCCCAGAGUGGGUUGUCCAAGACUCCUCCCCUUCCCUUUUUAUAAAUGCUAGAGGUGUCUCUUUGUUUCCCACAGUGGACACAUUUGUUCAAGGCUACAUCCAUAUCUGCCCCAUCAUCAGAAUCUAAUCAUUUCCUCUUUGGGAAACGACCUACAUUCUCACCUUAAAUAUUUGACUCGCGCUCAUGCAAGAACAAACGAGUGUGCCCAACCACGGUGAGCUCAAUGGUGGCGUCAGACAUUGCCAUGACAACAGCCACGCGCAGGAGGACCGCGAGCGAGAGAGGAAGGUUGCCAGGAAGCGCCUGUACGUGGUGUCUGUCAUCUGUCUGAUUUUCAUGAUUGGUGAAAUCCUCGGUGGGUAUUUUGCAGGCAGCCUGGCGGUGAUGACCGACGCUGCUCAUCUCCUGGUGGACUUCACCAGCUUCAUCAUCAGCCUCAUCUCGCUGUGGCUCUCCUCCAGACCUGCCACACAAAAGCUCAGCUACGGCUGGCACCGGGCAGAGAUCAUGGGAGCGCUGCUGUCAGUUUUCACCAUCUGGCUGGUAACAGGUGUGCUGGUGUACCUGGCUGUGGCGCGCCUCAUCAGUGACGAUUACACCAUCGAGGGCAGAAUCAUGCUCAUUACCUCUGGCUGUGCAGUGCUAGCCAACAUUAUCAUGGCCCUCGCCCUUCACCAGUCCGGUCACGGCCACAGUCACGGCGGGCUCGGCUCUCACGGCCACGGUCACGGCGGCAAGAAAAGACAUCAGUACAAUGUCCAUGUAGAUGUGGAGCAGAAAGGAGCAAAGCACAAAGCGAGGGCUCAGCAGGCCAACGCCAGCGUGCGAGCGGCCUUUGUCCAUGUGGUGGGAGAUCUCCUGCAGAGCCUCAGCGUGCUCGUCAGUGCCAUCAUUGUCUUCUUCAAGCCUGAAUAUAAGAUAGCAGACCCCAUCUGCACCUUCCUGUUCUCCAUGUUUGUUUUGUGCACCACCUUCACCAUCAUGAGAGACAUUCUGCUUGUCCUAAUGGAAGGCACUCCAGCAGGUGUUCGGUACGGUGAGGUCCGGAACGGUCUGCUGGCAGUGAAGGGGGUCACAGCAGUCCACAACCUCCACAUAUGGGCCCUCACCAUAAACCAAGCUGUACUGACUGCUCACGUAGCCAUCGAUGAGUCCGUGGACGCUCAGGAUGUCCUCAGAGAAAUGACGCAGGCUUGUUUCUCCUCCUACAACUUCCACUCUGUGACGAUUCAGGUGGAGCGCAAGGCCGACCUGAAGCCUGGGUGUUCUCUGUGUGAGGAGCCCAGCCUGUAGGACCUGACCUGUGACUUUGUUUGACCGUGACAUGAAAGUCACACAUUACUGUAUGUUUGAGUGCCUUUUAUUUUGACAUGUUAUUCAAAUAAUAAGACGUUUUAACUCGCAUUUUAAAACAAAAGUGUUGGAAUCGUGUUGUCACACAUCAAAGGUAUUGUUGCAUGAGCAGCUGCAUAUGUUUCUACAAAGUCUGGUCAAUUUAAAUAUAAACAAGAGUGAAUAUUCAUCUUUAUCUUUAGUCUCCAUUGUACCUCUUCACUGUUCAUCUGUAUUAUUCAAUAAAAAGUGGGGAUUUUUCACA